CGUCUCAUGGAUGGCCCCACGUGAUCAAUACUACAAAGAUGGCGACGUAUUAGUGCCCGGCUGUCAAUUAAAGAUCGUCGCCUGCUCCGGAGAUGCGUUUUAAGAGAAUUGUUAUUUAAAUACCUCGAGAUUUUGUGCGCGCAGUUGAAUUGUAACGUGCGAUGAUGUCAACCAGAUACGUAUCGUUCCUGUCAGGUAUAGUGAUAGCCUCUCUAACAUGGGCGUUCAGCUUGUAUCUUUAUUCAAGAUUGUCGCAAAAUGCCAUCGCUGCCACUCCCACAAUGUUGGUGCCCGGUAUUUCCAAUCGUGGAGAGAGCAUCGACAAGGAGAUUAUGCUACGCGACAAUGUUAUCGUUGCGCGCAACGAGAAGCACGCGUUAGUCGGUAAGGAAGCCUACAAUUUAAAGGGCAAUAAGAAUCUCAGGAACAACGACCUGCUCUUGCAACAAUUGCAGCCUGUUCCGGUAAAGCCUGCGGUUACAUUGGAUCAAGGUCUGGAUGAAUUAGGUAUGGUGAAAAAUUUGGAGGAUCAACGAAAGAGGGACGAGGGUUAUAAGAACUAUGCCUUCAACGUUCUCAUAUCAGACAACCUUGGUGUGCGAAGAGAUAUACCGGAUACGAGGCAUAAAUUGUGCGGAGCGCAAAAGUAUCCUGCCAAUUUGCCAAAUGCCAGCAUAAUUAUCUGCUUUUACAAUGAGCAUUACACUACUCUUUUGCGAUCCCUGCACACUGUGCUCGAAAGAACGCCGAUGGCGCUCCUGCACGAGAUUAUCUUGGUGAAUGAUUAUAGCGACAGCAGUGCAUUGCACGAAAAGAUAAAAGUAUACAUUAGAAACAAUUUCGAUGACCGAGUACGAUUAUUCAAGACGGAGAAGAGAGAAGGUUUGAUCAGAGCGCGAGUGUUUGGCGCUAGAAAAGCAACCGGUAAAGUCCUGAUUUUCUUGGACAGUCACAUAGAAGUAAACGAGAUGUGGAUAGAGCCGCUUCUUUCGAGGAUCGCUUAUUCGAGAAAUAUCGUGCCGAUGCCAGUGAUUGAUAUUAUAAACGCGGAUACAUUUCAAUAUACCGGGAGUCCGCUGGUGAGAGGUGGCUUUAAUUGGGGUCUUCAUUUUAAAUGGGACAAUUUGCCAAUUGGGACAUUGAAGCAUGACGACGAUUUUAUAAAACCCAUCAAAUCGCCAACGAUGGCCGGAGGAUUAUUUGCUAUUGAUAGAGAAUAUUUCACCAAAAUGGGAGAAUAUGACGUUGGUAUGGAUGUUUGGGGUGGAGAGAAUCUUGAAAUAUCAUUCCGAAUAUGGAUGUGUGGUGGCAGCAUCGAAUUGAUUCCCUGUUCACGAGUGGGUCACGUAUUUAGAAGGAGGCGGCCCUACGGUUCAGACGAUCCACAUGACUCGAUGUUAAAGAAUUCCUUACGGGUCGCGCACGUAUGGAUGGACGAAUAUAAAGAUUACUUUCUGAGAAAUACAAAAAAAAUCGAUUACGGCGAUAUUUCGGAACGAUUAGCGUUGCGUCAGAAAUUAAAAUGCAAGACAUUCGUUUGGUACUUGAAAGUAGUUUAUCCUGAAUUAACACUACCAGAUGAUACGGAACGGCGACUGAAGGAUAAAUGGGCCAGACUCGAUCAAAAACCGAUGCAACCUUGGCAUUCGAGAAAAAGGAAUUAUACCGAUCAGUAUCAGAUUAGACUUUCAAAUACCGCGCUCUGCAUCCAAAGUGAAAAGGAUAUUAAGACUAAAGGCUCGAAACUUAUCUUGAUGCCGUGUUUAAGAAUUAAAUCACAGAUGUGGUAUGAAACGGACAAAAAUGAACUGGUACUUGGCCAAAUGCUUUGCAUGGAAGGAGCUGAGAAGAUUCCAAAGCUUGGAAAAUGUCACGAAAUGGGAGGGAGUCAAGAUUGGCGUCAUAAACGCAUUAAUGGUACACCUAUUUACAACAUGGCAACGGGUACCUGCUUAGGAGCGAUGCGCAACGUAAGAAAUAUUCCGCUCAUCAUGGAUUUAUGCACAAGAUCGAAUGCUUCAUUGAUAACGUGGGAUCUCAUUCGAUCAAAGAUUCCAUCUAAGGAAGUCAGGUGACAUAGAAAGAAAGAUCGUAAAAAUAGGAAAAGAAAUUCCGAAGACUGGCUUGGACGAAAAUGGUAGAUCCUUCGACAAUUUGUAUAUAUUCGAAAAAUGAUAACAACUACAAGUAGAAUAUUUCAUAUGUGUUGGACUUUCAAGUAAUUUUGUCUGAUAUAAGAAUUGUAAUUAAACCGAGCUCAAAAACAAUUGAAAGUAUUAUAGCUGUAUAGGAAAUGUAUUAUAAAAAAAAAUUAAAUUUGUUAGAUAUGUGCAUAUGCAAAUAUUAAGAACUUUUUGUAUUUAUUUGAUUUUUUGUGUAAUAAGAAUGUGUAAGUUUUCUAUUUACAUUUGAUAAAGAUUUUAUAUAAUGUUAAGUUAUAACAAUGCUCUCUAUGUAUCAUAUUUUUACACAAUAAUCAUAAGAAAUCUAUUGACAAA